UUUUCGACUUGGCGUCCCACGGUGUGUUUACAUUUUUCGGCAGUGCGCGGCCUUCAUAGUUUUCUUGAAGUUUCUUUACAUCCCAGACGUUUCGUUCAAGGUUCCCUAUUCCCUCUCGGCAGCCGCACAAAAAAUGCAUAAUAUUUUUUACAAAAUUACAUAAGUGCGUGCACCUAAAACCGCUUGCCUUUGAAAAGUUCCUGUACUACAGCUCUGCGAAUUGCGACCGCGAAUUACUAUACUAUAGUUUGGAUUUCGAUUCCGUCAUACUUGGCACGGUAAUUACCUGCACCCACUGAACCAGGCGAAUCAAUAGAGCACCAUUCACCACCCACUCCGCCCAUUCUUUUGUUGCUGCACGUGAUGACGCCGAGGAGAAGUCCGAACCCGAACCCGAAACCAAAACCAAAACCGACACCGAAACCCGGGGUCAAUCCAAUACUCAUAGAUACUAUCUGUCCACUGCGGACGUAGUUUCGAUUUGUGUCACAACCCCGUCACAGGUUUUUUUUCAAGUCGCCUUGUCUAAAUUUGUAUUUAUUCUUUUAUUUUCGCCCUCUUUUCAAGGUAAGCCCCCUCCCAAAGUCUGGAACGUAAUGCCAGUCACCGCAAUCGGCAGAGCCCCCCGGACCGUAAACCCUCGGUUCUAGCACACUAUUAUAGUUGUAGACGUUAGUUUAGAGUCGCCAUGCUGUGCGCCCUUGUCCGUGGUCCAUCCACCGGCCACAAGUUGGCCAUGUACCGCUCCGUGUCCGAGCUCCUUGGCCCCGUACACGAUGUCCGCCACCCGUCCGCCGGAAGAGGCUUCUAUCAGCAGCAGCAGCAGCAGAAACCAGUACCCGUAUCAGUACCCGUAUCAGUACCAGUCCAAGCCCACCGUCGAGAUCUGCUCUCGCUUUCCCGGGUAGCAGAGAGUUCCAAACCGCCAGUGCGGAGACUUCAUUCGGAGCACGACGCCAUGUUCUACUCGAUGUACGCCUACCUGUCCAACCUGCCGCGCCUCCACGUCUUGGGCAUGGCGGUGGUGGCCUAUGUGGUCUAUUAUCUAAUCCAGGUGGUCAAGCGACCGAUUAUCGCCUGUUCGGAUGGGCCGUUUAAGCAGUAUCUGAUCCGCAAGGUGCCGACGCUGGAGAACAAGUACUGGCCUACCUUCUGGUGCGUGGAGAGCCGUGCCCAGACCGUCCUUGCGAGCCUGCUGCGCUCCAAGAGUCUGCCGCACGUCAACUACCGCCGCGAGAUCCUCUCGCUGAAGGAUGGCGGCGAGGUGGCCCUGGACUGGAUGGAGGAGGGCUGCGAGGCCAGCUCUCCAUGCAUCCUCAUCUUGCCGGGCCUCACCGGUGAGUCGCAGGCUGAGUACAUUAAGUGCCUGGUCUUUGCCGCCCAGCAGGCUGGCAUGCGGGUGGUGGUGUUCAACAAUCGCGGACUUGGCGGCAUCGAGCUGAAAACCCCUCGUCUCUACUGCGCCGCCAACUGCGAGGAUCUGUGCGAGGUCGUCCAGCAUGUGCGUCGCAGCCUGCCCGAGCAUUGUAAGCUGGGAGCCACAGGCAUCUCCAUGGGUGGCUUGAUCCUGGGCAACUAUCUGGCCCGCAAGAGCGACGAGGCCAGGAGCUUCCUGUCGGCGGCCAAGAUCAUCUCGGUGCCGUGGGACGUGCACAAGGGCAGUGCCAGCAUCGAAAAGCCGGUGAUCAACAGCCUGCUGGGACGCCAUUUGGCUGGCAGUCUGUGCCGCACAUUGCGCAACCAUCUGGAUAUCUACAGGGACAUUUACCAGGACUCCGACAUGGACAUUCAGCGCAUCCUGCGCUGCAAGACCAUCAAGGAGUUCGACGAGCUGUUCACGGCCAAGCAGUUCGGCUAUGCCCAUGUGAAUGACUACUACUCGGAUGCCACGCUGCACAACAAACUGGACCACAUCUCGGUGCCGCUGCUGUGCCUGAGUGCUGCCGAUGAUCCGUUCCAGCCGCUCGAUGCCAUCCCCAUCAAGGCGGCCAACCAGUGCACCCAUGUGGCCAUCAUCAUUACGGCCCGUGGCGGCCACAUCGGCUUCCUCGAGGGCUGGUGGCCGUCCACCAAGGACCAGUACAUGGGCCGCCUGUUCCAGGAGUACUUCACCAAGGCUCUGUUCGACGAGGACGGCGAGUUCCAGCACACGUCCAACAAAAUGCACGAGCGAUUCUUAGCCAAGCAGACGGUGGCGCUGGCCUCCUCGUCGCCGCUGCUGCUGGCCAAGAAAAUGGACUCCGACCAGUUGGACCACAAGGUCAAGCUGAUGUGAAUGAGGCUCAAUACCCUUGCUAAGUUUUUGUCCAGCUGGGUUUUCCAGUUAAAUUCAUAGUUAUUCGCGUAUGUAUUCCGAUAGAUUUCCGUGAGCGAGGACCUUCGUACACAUGUGAUAUGAAACAUUGAUCAAAAUCCAAAGUGAAUAGGGAACCAAAUUGUCAGUCAAUACGGAUAGAUGCCUAAAUUAUUCUUAGACCGUGACACUAGUGACAUAUCAUCUUGAAAAUGCAAAAGGCUUUACGACUAGUAGUGGUAAAUUCAAAUACAAAUAUUUAUGACACAA